UUCCCACAGAUGAAACACACAGACAUCAGGGAAGAAGACAAUGCUUCCACAGUGACACAGUUUCUUCUGCUUGGAUUUUCUGAUCUUCCCAACCUCCAGAGCUUUCUGCUUGGGGUAUUCUCCAUAAUGUACUUGAUUAUACUAAUUGCAAAUAGCUUCAUCAUUGUGAUAACCAGGCUUGAUCCUGCACUACAGAAACCCAUGUAUUUUUUCCUAGUCAACUUUUCUUUUCUGGAAAUCUGUUAUGUAUCAGUCAUUCUCCCUAGGAUUCUGUACAGCAUUUGGACCCAAGACAGAAAUAUUUCUUUUCUGGCCUGUGCCAUACAAAUGUGCUUCUUCCUAAUGCUGGCAGCCACUGAAAGUAUUCUUCUGGCUGUGAUGUCCUAUGACCGCUAUGUGGCCAUCUGUAAUCCUCUGCACUAUCCUCUGGUCAUGAACCCAAGAAAAUGCAGGCAGCUGGCAGCAGGGUCCUGGCUCGGUGGCAUGCCAUUCCAGCUUGGGCAAACCUGUCAAAUAUUCUCUCUAGAUUUCUGUAACUCUAACCAAAUAGACCACUUCUUCUGUGACAUACCCCCUGUACUUAAACUGGCCUGUGGAGACACUUCUAUUAAUGAGAUGUAUGUCUAUGUAGUGGCUAUCUUGCUUGCUGCAAUCCCUUUUAUACUAAUACUGACAUCGUACAGCAAAAUCAUUGCCACCAUCCUGAGGCUGCCAACUGCAGAAGGAAGAGCAAAAGCCUUCUCCACAUGUUCUUCGCACCUAGUGGUGGUGGUUUUGUUUUUUGCCUCAGCAUCUAUUACCUACUUAAUGCCAAAAUCAACCCAUUCUGCAGUAAGUGACAAAUUCCUUUCUCUUUUCUACACCAUUGUUACCCCCAUGUUCAAUCCCAUGAUAUACAGCCUUAGGAACAAAGAGGUGAUUGCAGCUCUGAGAAGAUUGUUGCUUAGAACAUAG